AUGGAAGUUGUGGUUAAGAAACCAAUAGUAAUACUAUUGGUGUUUAUUGUAUGGGCAAUAGGGUUAUCUAAGUCGCAAUCUUCUUUAUCAUACAAAAUGAUUUACAGUUUGGGUGGUGCCCCAUCGAUUUUGGAUUCUCAAGAUUACUUUAAUAACUGUUCCUUUUCAAGUCCAUCUCUAACAAAUAAUACAAUCAACUGUCACUAUGCCAUUCUUCAAGGAAGGAGAAACUAUCAAGAAGAUCGCCUCUUUUGCGACCUAAAUAUUCGUUUUCCAUUUGUGGGCAAGGAAGUUUCUAUUGGAAUGGCUGCAGUUUUUGAUGGUCAUGGAGGGGCUGAAGCAAGUGAGAUGGCUUCAAAACUUGUAUUGGAUUAUUUUUUAGUGCGUUCAUGUUACAUUCAAUUUGAGAUUAGAGAAAUGUUAGGUGUGGUUCCUGAUGAAUCCAUGCAUAUGGGAAUUUUGAAGGAAGCAUUGGUAAGGACUAUUCGUGACAUUGAUAUUACAUUUACUAAGCUUCCAAGAAAGGUUUUGUUUCAGGAUGUACAGCGGUUUAUAGUUGUUGUAGCGGAUAAUCAAAUUUUGGUGGCCAAUGUUGGUGACUCAAAAGUUGUUUUGUGCUCAGAGAAAUUCUAUUCCCUCGGAGGCACUUGGUUGGAAAAUAAUGAGAAAGUCUCCUUGAAAAACAAGAAAAACACUGGAUUGAAGUUUCUCUCAGGAAAAGAACUAACAAGAGAUCACCAUCCUGAUCGGGAGGAUGAAAGAAGGCGUAUAGAAGCUGCUGGUGGCUAUGUAGUUUCAGGAGUUAGCAGUGUUCCUCGAGUCAAUGGUCGACUGGCUGUAUCUCGAGCCAUCGGUGAUUUAUACUACAAAAAUUUUGGGGUUAUAGCAGUACCAGAGAUGACGGAUUGGCAACCCCUAACUAGAAAUGAUAGCUAUCUGGUGAUCUCAUCGGACCGGAUUUUUGAAAAGCUAAAUGCCCAAGAUGUUUGUCAACUUUUACCCAACCCUCAUAUUCUGGAUAGUGAUGAAGGGCUUCGGUUAUUCGAUUCAUGCCAAUCCCCAUUGCCUGAAUGCAUAUCAAGGACGGUAUAUGAAGAAGGCAGCAUGGAUAAUUUGUCUGUUAUUGUAGUUCCACUACGAGAAGCUGGUUUAAUUUCAUGAAUCAUAAGGCUUGCCUACUAAAAGUUUUGGGUUGAAAACAAAUGCAAUUGUGAUCUAGACAUCAGAUAAGUGGAAAAAGAAUAGCACUUCUAGCAUUAGUUAUCAAUGUAUACACCAACGAUGAAGUUUUGAGAGUUGUUUUUUUACAAAAAAAAAAUAUAGUUUUAUCAGAUUUCUCGAUCGAACCUUACUUUUGCAUCAAUUAGGAACACAUCAAUUACUUUAUAAUGU